AUGGGGAAUUGUUGUAGAUCUCCUGCGGCGGUCGCUAGAGAAGACGUCAAAUCGAGUUUUUCCGGUCACGAUCACGGCCGCAAGGAUGCCGUUUCCAAGCAGAAGCUGCCGAUCACCGUUCUCAGCGGAGUUCCUAAGGAGAACAUCGAGGAGAAGUACCUCGUGGAUCGCGAGCUCGGCCGGGGUGAGUUCGGUGUUACUUACCUCUGCAUCGAUCGAGGCACGCGCGAGCUGCUCGCGUGCAAGUCAAUCUCGAAGAGGAAGCUCAGGACGGCGGUUGAUAUCGAAGAUGUGAGGCGAGAAGUUGCGAUUAUGAAGCAUUUGCCCAAGGAUUCGAGCAUCGUGAGCUUGAAAGAAGCGUGCGAGGAUGACAAUGCGGUUCAUUUGGUGAUGGAGCUCUGCGAAGGCGGUGAGCUUUUUGAUAGGAUCGUUGCUAGGGGACAUUACACGGAGAGAGCCGCCGCAGCUGUGACAAGGACGAUAGUGGAAGUGGUUCAACUUUGCCAUAAACAUGGAGUGAUUCAUAGAGAUUUGAAGCCUGAAAAUUUUUUGUUCGCUAAUAAGAAAGAGAGUUCCCCGUUAAAAGCUAUCGAUUUUGGGUUAUCGAUAUUUUUCAAGCCAGGUGAACGAUUCUCUGAGAUAGUUGGAAGUCCGUAUUAUAUGGCUCCUGAGGUGCUGAAACGAAAUUACGGGCCCGAAAUUGAUAUAUGGAGUGCCGGAGUCAUUCUCUAUAUUUUGUUGUGCGGAGUUCCUCCUUUUUGGGCUGAGUCUGAACAAGGUGUUGCACAGGCAAUUAUUCGUGGGUUAAUAGAUUUCAAACGUGACCCAUGGCCAAAUAUUUCAGAUUGUGCAAAGAGUCUAGUCCGACAAAUGUUGGAACCAGACCCAAAGCUCCGGCUCACCGCAAAGCAAGUUCUUGAGCAUCCUUGGCUCCAAAAUGCUAAAAAAGCACCCAAUGUGCCUCUUGGCGACGUGGUUAAGUCAAGGCUUAAACAAUUUUCAAUGAUGAACAGAUUCAAAAGAAAAGCCCUGCGGGUUAUUGCGGAGUUCUUGUCUGUUGAAGAAGUUGAAGAUCUCAAAGUUAUGUUCAAUAAAAUGGACACCGACAAUGAUGGCAUUGUUUCAACUGAAGAGCUGAAAGCUGGAUUUAGAAAUUUUGGUCCACAGCUUGCCGAGUCGGAAGUGCAGAUGCUUAUUGAAGCCGUUGAUGCUAAUGGGAAAGGAACAUUGGACUAUGGAGAAUUUCUUGCUGUUUCUCUCCAUCUGCAAAGAAUGGCCAAUGAUGAGCAUCUUCGAAAAGCCUUUUCUUACUUUGAUAAAGAUGGCAAUGGUUUCAUUGAGCCAGAUGAGCUUCGGGAUGCAUUAAUGGAGGAUGGAGCUGAUGAUUGUACAAAUGUUGCUAAUGACAUCUUCCAAGAAGUGGACACAGACAAGGAUGGGUGCAUCAGCUACGAUGAAUUUGCAGCCAUGAUGAAAACAGGUACAGAUUGGAGAAAGGCAUCUCGACAUUACUCGAGAGGGAGAUUCAACAGUCUAAGCAUAAAGCUGAUGAAGGACGGCUCUUUGAACUUGGGGAACGAGUAGAAUCAUACUAGCUGUCGGUUUAAUUCAACCAUGCAAGAAAAGUAAGUAGUAUAUCAAGUUCUUUCCUUGUAUAUCUCAGACUUCGCUUUCUCUUGUCACUUGUGAUUGUGUGGGGAAGGGAGGGAGAGAGGACUCUGCAUAAAAUGGGGUUUGAUGUUAAUGGAUCAAUAUCUUGUUUGUCUCUCUCGCUCCGUUAAUAUUAAUCGUCUUUUGGCCGUAGUUUAGGAAGGCACUACCAAGUUUUUGAUGUAUUGCUUCUGGUUGACAUUUAACAACAUGAACAUGGGAUUGGAAUUGAAUUGAGUAGUGCUUAGUAUAUU